AUGCAUUCUCUGUCCAUGGGGCAGGGCUGUAGCAGCAGCUCUGGCUCGGUGGUACAGGUGUGCUUCCCCAGCGCCCAGGCGUCUGUACUGGACAGCCUGAACAGGCAGCGCGAGGAGGGCCAGCUCUGUGACCUCUCCAUCCAGGUCCAGGGGCAGGUGUUCAAGGCCCACCGCUGCGUGCUAGCUGCAUCCUCACCCUACUUUCAUGACCAGGUGUGUGUCUGUUGUUCUGCUUGCUGGUGCGUUGCAUAGCCCGACUGAAUUUACACUGAACAAAAAUGUAAACGCAAGAUGUAAAGUGCUGGUUUUCAUGAGCUGAAAUAAGAUUGCAUACAUUUUCCAAAUGCACAAAAACCGUAUUUCUCUCUCAUUUUGUGCACACAUUUGUUUGCAUCCAUGUUAGUGAGCAUUUUAUCAUUUGUCAAGAUAAUCCAGCCACCUGAUGUGUGGAAUAUCAAGAAGAUGAUUAAACAGCAUAAUCAAUAUACAGGUGCACCUUGUGCUGGGGGCAAUAACCGGUGCCCCCGCACAUUGACUCUGUACCAGUACCCCCUGUACAUAGCCUCCCUACUGUCAUUUUAUUUUACUGCUGCUCUUUAAUUAUUUGCUAUUUGUUAUUUAUCUAUUUUUUACUUAACACUUUUUUUUAUUUUUAAAUAAACUGCAUUGUUGGGGUCUGAGGAGUAUUUCUGUCUGUAAUAAAGCCCUUUUGUGGGGAAAAACUAAUUCUGAUUGGCUGGGCCUGGCUCCCCAGUGGGUGGGCCUAUGCCCUCCAAGGCCCACCCAUGGCUGCACCCCUUCCCAGUCGUGAAAUCCAUAAAUUAGGGCCUAAUGAAUUUAUUUCAAUUGACUGAUUUCCUUUUAUGAACUGUAACUCAGUAAAAUUGUUGCAUGUUGCGUUUAUAGUUUUGUUCAGUAUAGUUUAACUCUAACAGCCACUGGUUGUGACUCAUCUAGAUGGUUUUCAUCCAAGGCCUAUUGCACUAUGCAACUUUCUGCACUGAAGUGAGAGUUUACAUCGAUAUCUUUGAUUCUGUGCAUUAGAUGUCGCCAACCAUCAUUAAAUGUCUCUUCAACCCCCCCCCCCCCCCUCCCCAGGUGCUCUUGAAGAACAUGUCCACCGUCUCCAUCCCUGCCGUUAUGGACCCGCUGGCGUUCGAGAGCAUCCUGAGCUGCGCCUACACGGGCCAGCUGCGCAUGCUCCGCGAAGACAUCGUCAACUACCUCACCGUGGGCAGCGUGCUGCAGAUGUGGCACAUCGUGGACAAGUGCACAGAGCUCCUCAAAGAGGGCCGGGUGGUGGGGAGUGGGGGCGCAGCCCAGGGCGUCAUUGGGGGAGCGCAGGGGAACCCUGGAUGCAGUAGCAGUGAAAGCUCCCUAGGGGCUGGUAGUGCCCAAGCUGGGGGAAGCAACACCCAGCCAGCCCCUCACCCUCCCAGCCGCCCGUCCCUGAGUGAGAGCCAGUCUCCCAGCAGCACCAACUACUUUAGUCCCAGAGACACCAACUUCGGAGGGGGAGCGGCGGCCGCUGGAGCUGCAGGGGAGGGAGGCGUGAACUCCACCCCCAGCUACUGCACCCCUUCUGGGGGCGAGGAUGCCUUCCUCAUCGAAGAAGAGGAUGAAGAAGAGGAAGAAGAGCUCCAGUACCAUAGGAAGCGACGGAGCAGCAGGAAGAAGACGACGACCUCUGUCUCGGACCAAGAGGUUGGAGUCAGCGAUAGCUUCGGGGUGUCGUCCUACCAAGAUGGGGAUGCCUCCCCUCUCCAGAAGCGGCCCACCUACAGCCAGCCCAGCAUCAUGCCCCGGAAACAGUGGGUGGUGGUAAAAACAGAGAGGCCCCAGGACGAUGACCUGAUUGUGGUGUCGGGUGAGGAAGGGCCAGAUGAGGAAGAGGAGAGAGAGUUGGAGAUGUUGAGGGAGAGGGAGAGGACGUUCAACAUAUCCAACAUUAGGACUCUGUCUGGAGAGCUGAGCAGCAAAGCGGACCAUGAAAUGGAGACACAGGUUAGUCAAACCCUUGAUGCAAAAUAUGUUUGUCUGUGGAUGUGGCUACUUACCAUUUUAACUUAUCAGGAGGACAACUGUUUGAUAGGUGCAUUUGGAAUGAGUGUCAGUUUCUGUAUUUUUGGAUCGUUACCAAACUGAAUCACUUUCUCUCAUAGAUGGAUUACUGCCAGUCUUCUGAAGACUACCUCAAGUUUGACAGUGGUUUGAUGGACCAGACUCCCCCACAGCACCUUCAUGACAGCGCUGGUCAGAGUGGUGGCAGAGCCGUCUCAGCCCUACUUGGCCAAGUCCAGUCUGCUGCUGCUGCUAGAGCUCAGCUCUUUCCCAUAGACAUGCAAGGCAACCAGAUCCUCAUGUACAGCCAAUCCUCUCUAGAUUCCUCUCAACCCAUAGGAAUGGGAGGUGUUAUGGCCGGGUCACCAUUUAAAGGGCCAAACCUGGAGCAUGGAGCGGUCCAUUUGUCAGCACAGGGGGGUUUGGGCCGGUGGCUUAGAUGGACUGGACGGGGGUGUUGGCGGGAGUUCAGGGAAGGUGUUCAUGUGCCACUGUGGAAAGACCUUCACCCACAAGAGCAUGCGCGACCGCCACAUCAACAUGCACCUGGACCUGCGGCCCUUCAACUGCCCGGUCUGCGCCAAGAAGUUCAAGAUGAAGCACCACCUGACGGAGCACAUGAAGACCCACACGGGGCUCAAGCCCUACGACUGCCACGGCUGCGGCAAGAAGUUCAUGUGGCGUGACAGCUUCAUGCGGCACCGCUCCCACUGCGAGAGACGUAGCGGGGCGGCUGGCAGGAGCGAGGACGGGGGAGGGUCCGACCACACUGAUGACAUCUCCCCACAGCACCUCCCUCAUCUCCACCUCUCGACCAGCGAGGCCGGUCAAGGUGCCGUUGGUGGCAGGAGCGGGAGCGGGAUCUCUGUCUUGUCCCCACAUCAUUCCAGUACAGGUAGCAGCAGCAAUGCUGUCUCUUGCCUGACCAUGGCCAGUGCUGGAGCGCUCUUAGGGGUCAACUCUCAGAGCGUGUUGCAGGGUCAAGGUUCAUCUGUGUUUGGUCUGGGGGUCAGCCGAGGUGGGUGUCAGGAGGAAGUGUGUGAGGUUGGUGCUAAUAAUAGUAGUGUCACUUAA